AUGUUUCUUACAAGAUCGGAAUACGAUAGAGGAGUCAAUACUUUUUCUCCUGAAGGUAGAUUAUUUCAAGUCGAAUACGCUAUAGAAGCUAUAAAAUUAGGUUCAACUGCAAUCGGCGUAUGCACUAGUGAAGGAGUUGUUUUGGCUGUUGAAAAAAGAAUAACCUCACCUUUAAUGGAACCUUCUACGAUUGAAAAAAUAGUCGAAAUAGAUUCACAUAUAGGUUGUGCAGUAAGUGGUUUAAUGGCUGAUUCUCGUAUUAUGAUUGAUAGAGCUAGAGUUGAAGCACAAAAUCAUUGGUUUAUUUACAAUGAAAAAAUGUCAGUUGAAAGUUGCGCUCAAGCUGUGUCCAAUUUAGCAGUUCAGUUUGGUGAUUCCGAUGAAGAAGGUAGUGCUAUGAGCAGACCUUUUGGGGUAGCUAUUUUAUUUGCUGGAUGUGAUGAAAAAGGUCCACAAUUGUAUCACAUGGAUCCUUCCGGUACAUUCAUGCAGUUUGAUGCCAAGGCAAUUGGAUCCGGCAGUGAAGGUGCUCAGCAAAGUUUACAGGAAGCUUUUAAUAAAUCCUUAACCCUCAAAGAAGCUGUCACAACAGUGCUUACUAUUCUAAAGCAAGUUAUGGAAGAAAAAUUAAAUUCUACAAACAUUGAAGUUAUGACUGUUACACUCAAAGGAAAUUAUCAUUUAUUCACAAAAGAUGAACUUGAGAUGACUAUUAAAAAUAUAGCUUAG